AUGUCGAUCAAUGAAGAUGGAGAGGGAUUUAAUCAGGUACUUGCUGCACAGGAUAGGUUCUCCCUCCGAGCAUUCGGUACAUGUGGCCGAUUUGAUGAGCACACCGCCUCGCAGUUGAUCCGGUUUUGCGUUGAGUACUUACGACCCAGGGGCCAUGUCCAACGUUAUGUCUUGGAUAAGGACAGUUCCAUGCGCAGUGAUGCGUUUACGGCAUACGCAGCAGCAAAUACUGCUGUGGUACAUUACGUUUCCACGGGCAAACAUGCCGGCAACGACCGCAUAGAGGUCUCCUUACGUAUCCUCAAGACAUGGUUUAAGCGGUCCCUUUCAGUAGGCCUGCACCACACAUGGCGCUCCCAAGUUCCGAUUUUCUUCGCGAAUUACAACGCGACAUGGUCAAGCGUUAUUGACACGGCCCCGUACACUUUGGUUACGGGCCGCAUCUACCCUCGUCCAUCAGACCCGGUAAUAACGGCCCUACUUGAUGCGGAUGCGACCGCCUCGAGUUUCGAAGCUAAGGUGGAGGAACCGCCUCUAGAUCGGGGCCUCCUUGCACUCCGCGCAAAAGGUCACGGCGGGCCGCCAGAUCUUAUAUUGGCCCAUGGCGGACCCACCGCACAAAUUGGCGAAGGACUGGCUGGGCCCGGUGAUUGUAACGACCCAUGUCCCUCCGGUGAUGCACUAUAUCAAGGACACGACCCUCAAUAA